AGUGUAUACAGCUGCCACUCGCAAGGAAGGAUAUCUGUGCUUAAACACUGCAAGAGAGAGUGCAAGUCUUUCUUCAGAUUGGGAGCAACAUCCACAUUGUUGGUGGAGAACUAAGGGGAAACCAUCAUGGCUCCCAGCUUGGCCCAUGCCUACAGGAGGAGGUGGUGGAUAGCUAUCACAGCUAUCAUGGAGAAUCUGCUCUUCUCUGCUGUUCUGCUGGGUUGGGCAUCGCUGCUGAUCAUGCUGAAGAAUGAGGGCUUUUAUUCUCACCUCUGUGUUGCAAAUGAGACCACUGGCAUGAACACAACUAUAGUGCAGGGAAGCAGAUGGCACAGUUGUGUGGAGCAGGAUGAGAUGCUGAAUCUCGGCUUCACCAUUGGCUCGUUCUUGCUGAGUGCGACCACACUUCCUCUAGGAAUUCUGAUGGAUAGAUUCGGACCACGGCCAAUCAGGCUCAUUGGCAGUUCCUGUUUUGCAGCGUCCUGUGCAAUGAUAGCAACUGCUGCAUAUGACCCUGAAGUGCUGUCUAUCCUCAUUUUCUUCGCUGUUUCCUUCAACGGUUUUGGAGGAAUCUGCCUGACCUUCACAUCACUCACUCUUCCUAACAUGUUUGGAAAUAUACGGUCAACCAUCCUUUCCCUGAUGAUUGGCUCCUAUGCUUCUUCAGCAGUCACCUUCCCAGGAAUCAAGUUGAUUUAUGACCUUGGUGUGUCAUUCCGACUCAUCAUGUGGGUGUGGACGGGUAUGGCCUGCACAGUCUUCUUCAACUGUUUCCUGAACUGGCCAGGUGAAUCCUUUCCAGCACCAGAAGACACCAGAUACACUAAAAAGAUUAAAAUGAAUGGAGUUGUAACAGAGGACAGGAUGACUGGGGACAGGUACAUCACCAAUGUGACCAUCAUGGAGGACACAGUGGGAGCCAGACCACCAGAAUCUGAGCAUAGAGACUCCGGAAACACUGCCGAAGCUGCAGUGCCAAUUUGCCGUUCUGUGUGCUCUCCCAUCUUUCUUUGGAGUGUCCUCGCCAUGGCAAUCACCCAACUGAGGCUGAUUUUCUUCAUGGGAGCCAUGAAUAAGAUACUGGAGUUCCUGGUCACUCAUGGUGACCCAAACCCCUCAGAGGAGCUACAGAGGGAGGCAGAGGAGCAAGUUGCUUUCUUCUCAUCUAUCUUUGGUACAACACAACUUCUGUGUCUGAUAACGUGUCCUUUAAUUGGCUACAUAAUGGACUGGAGGAUGAAAGAGUGUGAGGAGGAAGAUCUAAACAUAUCAACAAGCAAGAGCCACUCAGAGCCCCCAAAGCGAGACAGAAAGAUCCAGAAACUGAGCAAUGCCAUCAGAGCCUUCAUCUUCACCAAUCUCCUUUUGGUCAUGUUUGGAGUUAUUUCCUUGAUUGACAACUUGCCUAUACAGGUGGUGUCCUUUGUCCUUCACACCGUUGUGAGAGGAUUUAUCCACUCCUGCUGUGGAGGCCUCUAUGCUGCAGUGUAUCCAGCUAACCACUUUGGGACUUUGACGGGUUUCCAAUCAACAAUAAGUGCUACUUUUGCCUUACUCCAACAGCCACUCUUCAUACUGAUGGUGGGGUACCUCAGGGGAGACCCUUACUGGAUCAACAUAGGUCUUCUGAUCUUCUCCCUGGCUGGAUUCCUGUUGCCAUGUUAUCUCUGCUAUCACCGAAGAAGCCUUAUCAGGGAAAAGGCGCAUCUAGAUAUGAUUGCUGCCCACCAGUCAGAGAAGGAGCAUGACGAUCUAAUCCGGUCAGACUGUGGACCUUCUCAGAACCAAGUUGAUGAGCCUUCAGAAUAUGGAAACAUACCUAAUGGGCAUAUUGUUUAAUUAGACUGGUUAUAGUAACAUGGUCAGUUACUGUUAUUAAUGGUAUUGUUAUUUUAAACAUGACCUAUUUAUUUCUGAGGAAAAACCUUAUUCCUCAAGAUAAACACCCAACAAAAUAAACAAAACCAAGAUUUAAGGUUGAAAUGACACUUGUUAUAGAACUACAACAAUUCCUACACACAUUUUUACUGAUUUUGGAAUUUUCUUUCAGGUCAGAACCAACAGGGAGAUGUGGAAUCAACUUAUAAUUUUUCUUCAUCACAUAUAAAAAAAUAAAUUAAAGCUGGGGGACCAUAAUGGUAGAGCUACAAAA